GCCGACAGCGGACAAACAGUUGUCGUUUCGCCAGCACAAAGUGCAGUACUCAGACCGCAGAAUAACCCCUAUUUAAACAUAAUGUCGGCGAUCGGAAAAAUCGGAUUCCUGGGCGGUGGCAAUAUGGCCAAGGCUCUGGCCAAAGGGUUCCUGGCAGCAGGCCUCGCCAAACCCAACACCCUGAUAGCUAGUGUCCAUCCUGCGGACAAGCUCUCCUUGCAGUCCUUCCAAUCCUUGGGAGUGGAAACAGUGGUCAAAAACGAACCAGUUGUGCAACAAUCAGAUGUGGUAUUUGUGUCCGUGAAACCCCAAGUGGUACCAGCUGUUUUAUCGGAGAUUCAGCCACUCAGCUCUGGAAAACUUUUCCUAUCGGUGGCCAUGGGCAUCACCUUGUCCUCCAUCGAGUCUAGCCUCUCCCCACAAGCUCGUGUGAUCCGCGUGAUGCCCAAUCUGCCGGCAGUGGUUUGCUCAGGCUGUUCGGUUUUCGUGCGGGGAUCCAAAGCCACCGAUGCAGAUGCAGAGAUCACUCAGAAACUCCUGCAGUCUGUGGGCACUUGUGAGGCGGUGGAUGAGUCCCAGUUGGAUGUGGUUACUGCUCUUAGUGGCAGUGGUCCGGCCUACGUGUUCGUGAUGAUCGAAGCUUUGGCGGAUGGAGCCGUUCAUAUGGGAAUGCCCAGGGAUCUUGCCUAUCGUCUGGCAUCGCAAACUGUGCUGGGAGCUGGACACAUGGUGCGGGACAGUGGCCUGCAUCCCGGGCAGCUGAAAGAUGGGGUCACAAGUCCGGCGGGUUCGACGGCAGCAGCUCUUAGACAGCUGGAGCUGUCAGGUUUUCGGGCGGCAGUGUCUGGAGCGGUGGAACAAGCGACACUGCGUUGCCGGCAAAUCUCGGGCAAGAAAGCGUAGACAAGUAGGAUUCUAUAUGUACCAUAGGGUGGGUCUCUUUUGUUAAUCAUCUUAUCAGAGCUAAGACUUUGUAAACACUUUACACAAUUAAAGAAAAAAAAAUUUAAUUUA